AGUGUACUACAGACUUUUCAACAAGUGUUUAACUUAAAGAAUAAAUACAAGAUGAAGAUUUUUGUGGCGAUAUCUGCCCUCCUGGCAGUGGCGUACGCCAGGCCGGAGGCAGGCUUCAGCAGCAGCGGCGGAGGCGGCGGCGGCGGCGGCUACAGCAGCGGCCCCAGCGGCCCUAGCAGCUCAUACGGAGCCCCACCGAGCGGCCCACCUAGCAACAGUUACGGACCGCCAAGCAACAGCUACGGCCCGCCUGCCGCCCCCCCAUCCAUACAUAAGCACGUGUACGUGCACGUGCCGCCACCAGAGCCGGAAUACCAGGCACCCAGGAAGCCCAUACCUGUUGCGCCCGCCCAGAAGCAUUACAAGAUUAUCUUCAUCAAGGCACCUACUGCUCCAACCCCGACCGCCCCCGAAAUCCCAGUCCAACCUCAAAACGAAGAAAAAACAUUGGUAUACGUAUUAGUCAAGAAACCGGAAGAACAACCUGAUAUCGUAAUCCCAACUCCAGCUCCAACUCAACCCAGCAAACCGGAAGUUUAUUUCAUCAGAUAUAAGACCCAGAAGGAGGAGGGUGGUUACCCCGCCAGUGGCGUACCAGAUAACAAAUAUGGUGCCCCAGCAGCCCCUCCAGCACCACCAUCCAACUCCUACGGAGCCCCAGGAGGUGGAAACGGCCCAUAUUAAUAAAAAAAAAUCCCUAAACGGUCGUUAAUCUGUAAAUACUAUAAAAUACCUCCCGCCAGUAUAACAUACAAAUAUAUACAUGUGAUUUUUAAGCAAAUAAGGUGACAAACGUAUUUUUAAGUAGUUUUGUUUAGCUGAAAUAGUUAUAAAUGUAAAUAAAUAUUUUAAGACAUAAAAAGCUUUAUACAACUAGUAGGAUUAAGUUCGUUAGUUUUAUAAGUAUUUUUAGCUAUGUUUUUGUAUUUUUUAUUAAUUUUUGUACGCUGUUAUAAG